UAAAUUGUGAGCAAACCAGGUGAACAAGUACUUAUUAAGCUUGUAACAAGUCGAACCAGGUCAUAGAGUACUUGAGCAUUUUGCAGCAAAACACACGACAAGAUAUAAGAUAUGGGUUUGAGGGUGAAGGUAGGAGGUUUGGAAGAUGUGGUACUGUCAGAGCCAGUGAGUCCGACCGGGCAGUACUUCAACAGCUCGGUGCUUUCUAUUUCUAUUCUUUGUAUCUUGGAGUUUGAGAACCCAUUUGAUGACUCUUCAAGACUUGCACUCAUUAACGAUGUCUUUCUUCCCAUUAACCCUCGUUUCUCUUCCAUUAUGGUGGAAAACAAACAGGGAGGGAAGCACUGGAAGAGAGUAGAAGUGAAUGCAGAAGACCAUAUCAAAAUCCCUUGUUUUCCUGAAGGAUUAGCACCCGAAUCAUAUGAUCAUUAUUUCGAUGAUUACCUAUCAAAAAUGGCGAUAGAUCCAUUACCACAAACAAAGCCACUAUGGGAAAUUCACAUCAUCAAGUACCCAAUAAGCAAUGCGUCUGGAAACGUUAUUUUCAAGCUUCACCAUUCACUUGGCGAUGGUUACUCUCUUAUGUGUGCUCUUCUCUCUUGUCUGCAAAGGGCAGAUAAUCCUUCUCUACCAUUAACAUUGCCAAUUUUUCGGAAAUCUCUCAAGCCAGAAAAAGAUCCUAAAAGCAUAAUUAGUCGUGUACCACAGGCCCUAACUUGUGCACUAAACACUGUUAUGGAUUUCGGUUGGAGCAUUUUAAAGAGCAGUGUUUUGGAAGAUAGACGGAGCCUGAUACACUCCGGCAACAAAGGGGUGGAGUUCAAUCCCAUCAAUAUAACGACAAUCACAUUCUCUCUAGAUCAAAUCAAGCAAAUUAAGUCAUGCCUUCAUGUGACAGUAAAUGAUGUAAUUUGCGGAAUCAUCUUUCUGGGGACAAGAUUAUACAUGGAUGUAACGAGUGAAGGAGCAAAAAUGAAUGGUCAACAGCCUUGGUGUUACUUAACACAAGAUCUAUUGAUGUAUGACGGGUCCUUGAAACCGCUCAAAUUUGUUCAGGAAAUACAAAGUAUCAUCAAAACGAAGAGAAACUCAGCUGCUGUUUAUCUCACUGGAAUGCUACUAGAAUUUAUGAGAAAAUAUAGAGGUCCAGAGGCAACAGCUCAAUAUGUUCACAACACGAUAAGGAACUCAAGCAUGGCAGUAACUAAUAUGAUCGGACCAGUUGAAAAGAUGGCACUUUCUAAUCAACCUGUUAAAGGCUUGUAUUUCAUGGUGGUCAAUUCCCCAAAGAGUCUUGUGGUGACGAUAAUGAGUUACAUGGACCAUUUGAGGGUUACCAUAGGAACUGAGACAGGUCUCAUAGAUCCUGUGAAGUUUCGGACAUGCACUGAGAAGGCUUUCAGCAUGAUAUUCGAUGCUGCAGUGAAGUCUAAAUGACAUGAAAGUGAUUUCAAUCAGUGAAGUCUAAAAUGGCAUGAAUUUUAUACGUCACUUCUUGAAAAGAAUGUUGAUCUUCAUUACAACUUAUCUCAUUGGAUGACGUAGGCCUAUACAUAAAUUUCGAGAGACG